GCCUCAAUUAUUGAUUUAGUUCACGUGACGGUGGCAUUUAAACUUUCUUGGUUCCUUGGUUAUGGUGGGGCAGAUACGUCCGUAUCAGCAUUAUCGGAGGUACCCACUUCUCUCAUGAUCCCUGCAAAAAAGUUUCCAACAUCAACUCACUUUUCAACUUUGAUCAUUAACUUCAAGCUUAUCAAAACUCUUCUCUCAACAUUGACAAUUCCAGAAUUGGCCUCCAAACGGGAUUUUGACCGUAAAAUAAGUUAUCGGGAUCCAUACAUUUGAUUAGACAUGUUUGCGGUACCAGGUUGGGCCGUAUCGGCGGAUAAUCUCAAACCUGAGGCCGUCGUAGCUCCCAAGGCCACUCCAGAAGAAUCCACUGAUUCAAGGAAGCGCAAGAGACCAUCAGGGCCAAAUGUCACAUCAUCCAACGUUGCAGAUCUCUGGGAACGGGUUAUGGAAGGAAGGUCAAAGAAAAAGGCCAAAUCUGAUGAAGACGGACCUACAGAGCGCCCCAAAAAGGUGACUCUGAAGGAGAAAAAGAAAUUAUGGAAGUUGAGGCUACGAGAAGAAGCCGAAAAAGCUGCGGCAAAUGGCGAGCCUAUUGAGAGCAAGAAACCCAAGCCUACCUCGGAAUCGCAAGAUGCCGCACCGGGGAAGGAAGUGAAGGAUAAGAAAAAGAAGAAAUCCAAAGACAGGAAAGAAACCGAAGCAACAACCCAAACAACCCAAACAACCAAAGCCUCAGCCCCAGCAGCGCCAAAGUUAACCCCCAUGCAAGCCGCGAUGCGAGAAAAGCUUGUAUCAGCGCGGUUCCGCCAUCUCAACGAGACAUUAUACACGAAGCCCUCCGCGGACUCCUUCCAGUUAUUCCAAGACUCGCCGGAGAUGUUCCAGGAGUACCACGAGGGCUUCCGGCGACAAGUCGACGUGUGGCCGGAGAACCCCGUGGACGGGUACAUCGCGGACAUCCAAUCGCGGGGCUCGCAGCGCGCACCCCACCGCUCGCGGCCAGCGCCACCCCCAACGAGCGGCGUGAUUCCCCUCCCGCGCACAAACGGCACGAGCACGAUCGCGGACCUCGGCUGCGGCGACGCCAAGCUCGCCUCCGCGCUGCAGUCCUCAUGCAAGAAACUCCGCCUCUCGAUCCUCAGCUACGAUCUGCAGAGCCCGUCGGCGCUCGUCACGAAAGCCGAUAUAGCGAACCUGCCGCUCCCCGACGGCGGCGUCGACGUCGUCGUCUUCUGCCUCGCGCUCAUGGGCACCAACUGGCUCGACUUCGUCGAGGAGGCGUACCGCAUUCUGCAUUGGAAAGGCGAGCUCUGGGUCGCUGAGAUCAAGAGCCGGUUUGGUCCUGUCGGUGGUGGGAAGGGGAAGAAGGUGGUAGGGGCGCCGGUGGAGCAUAGUGUUGGACAUCGGAGGAAAGUGCAGGGGAAGAAGGGGAAGGGGAAGGAUGUAGAAGGUGGGGAUGGGGAGAGGGAUGAGGCUGAGCUGGCUAUUGAGGUUGAUGGGGCGGAUGAUAAGAGGGAGGAGACGGAUGUGACGGCGUUCGUGGAGGCGUUGCGGAAGAGGGGGUUUGUGCUACAAGGCGCGGUAGACUUGAAGAAUAAGAUGUUUGUGAAGAUGCAUUUCAUCAAAGCGGCGUCGCCGACCGUCGGGAAGGGGGUUGUUGCUACUACAUCCACGUCAAAGGAAUCAAGUCGAGGCGCUGGCCCGAAGAAGAGCGGUGUCAAGUUCAUCGAUGCGAAAGAGCAGGGCAAGCCGGAGGAGGAGAACUCUAUUCUGAAGCCCUGUGUCUAUAAGCUGCGAUAGGCGAGCUAAGAUAUUAUCCAUAAACUACCACCACCACCACAUAUAUAACCGUUCACCGUUCACCUUCGCAUCGUCAUGCCAAUAUAUCUAACCUGCAAUAGCUUUUUUCAUUAGACGAGGCCCGGAAGUAUCUGCAUGAAAUUUAGGCCGAAUAUAAUGAUGAUAAAGAUAUCAUAAUCAACGACCUUU